GGGUCUCUCUUUUAUCGUUUCUAUUGUCCCUAGUGCUUAGCCACACCCCAUUCUCACCUAACAUUUUAGCCUUAUCCCAUACUUUCUUGCUAACCUGCGCAUCAGCCCCCUCUCUUUCACCUUAUCCUUCACUCGCCACUCCUCUACUUCCAUGGAUCCCCCUGGCACAUCCACGUAUCCAUCAUCCAAUCAAACAAUAUUCACUAGAAAUGUGAUGUUCCAUUGAUUUCAUUUCUCAAGCUCUGAAGCUCCAAGAAGAUACAUCAUACAUCGCCAUUCAACGUCUGUUUAGGGCUUUUUUCUUAUUUUACGUUUUGUUUAAAUCUUCUUCAAAGUAUCCGUUUAUGGCGGGAAGUGACCAAAUUAACGUCUGCGAAUCAAAGAGGGUCGUUCCACUGAAUCAAUGGAUCCUCAUGUCUAAUUUCAAGCUGGCUUACAACCUUCUCCGGCGACCGGACGGUACUUUCAACCGCCAUUUAGCAGAAUUCCUCGACCGGAAAGUCCCAGCGAACGUGAAUCCCGUCGACGGAGUUUUCUCCUUCGAUAUCGUAAUCGACCAAACAAUUAACCUUCUCUCUAGAAUCUACCGACCUGCAAACGACACUGAACCCGAUGCAACACUCUCCACAACAUUCUCUCAGCUUAAAAAACCCGUAUCAACCUCCGACGUUGUCCCCAUCAUAAUAUUCUUCCACGGUGGUAGCUUCGCCCAUUCAUCUGCAAAUAGCGCAAUCUACGACAUUCUUUGCCGCCGCCUCGUCACUCUCUGCAACGCGGUGGUGGUUUCUGUAAACUACCGCCGUGCUCCUGAAAACCCUUACCCUAGCGCAUACGACGAUGGCUGGACUGCUCUUGAAUGGGUCAACUCACGUCCAUGGCUACAAUCCAAAGACUCAAAAGCUCACAUCUACCUCGCCGGAGACAGCUCCGGCGGCAACAUCGUCCAUCAAGUCGCUUCACGUGCAGUCAAAUCCGGAAUCCAAGUCCUCGGAAACAUACUUUUAAACCCAAUGUUUGGUGGGAACACAAGAACUGAAUCUGAGAAACGUUUGGAUACAAAAUACUUUGUGACAAUUCAAGAUCGAGAUUGGUAUUGGAAAGCUUUUCUUCCUGAAGGCGAAGAUAGAGAUCAUCCAGCUUGUAAUCCAUUUGGGCCAAGAGGUGUAACUCUUGAAGGAGUUAAAUUCCCGAAAAGUCUUGUGGUUGUUGCUGGUUUGGACUUGAUUCAAGAUUGGCAAUUAGCGUAUGCAGAUGGGCUUAAAAAAGCUGGACAAGAUGUGAAACUUCUAUACCUUGAAAAAGCUACAAUUGGGUUCUACUUGUUGCCUAAUAAUGAUCACUUUCAUACAGUUAUGGAUGAGAUUCGUAGCUUUGUGACACCAAUCUCUGAUUAUUGUAAGAUUGUGUGCCACUAUUUCUACUAAGUACUAAUUAUCCAGUUUUCAGCUAAGGGUUUUGGCUGGAUCUGGAAGUAUGUGUUUUGUUGCUUCUGCUUGAAGAAAAGCGUAUAACUUGGUGUGUGGUUGAAAGAACGCCAUUGUUGUUUGUUGACUCUGUUUCAUCAGAUCCUACUUUCCAACUUCUGGAUCCAAAGGAGAGGAAGAAAGGAGAGCAUCCUAAUUCCUGAAGGUUAUUUUUACUUAGUUUUUUUUUUUUUUUUUUUAGCAUAUGUGUUGUUGAUUUGAGUUUGGGGAUGAACAUGAACCCUUAUAUAUGUAUUAUGUGUAUACAUGUUUUAAGAGACGCAUAUUAUAUAUAUAUAUAAAAUAUAAAUAUGUUUGUUUUUGUUUCA